CAAGCUAGGACGCCAUGGGAGACGAGGAGACGGAGAGGCCAAGCAAGAAGGCACGUGGGUCGUCGCCGCCACCCGCCAUGGACUCCGGCGGCCUGACGGCGUUUGCACUCCGCCUGGCCAAGAAGCUCGCCGAGGGCGACGACACCAGGGACAGCAACAUCGCCUUCUCGCCGCUGUCUCUCUACACCACGCUCGGCUUGGUAGCCGGGGGAGCACGCGGCAAAACCCUAGACGAGCUCCUCGCCUUGCUCGGCGCCGCCUCGGCCGACGAGGUGGCCAGAUUCGUGCGCGGCCUCGUCGCCGACCCGUCCGGCUCCGGCGGGCCGCUCAUAACCUACGCCUAUGGCUUGUUCCACCAGAAACACAUGGAGCUGACGCCGGCCUACCUCCACUCCGCCGCCGAGUCUUACAACGCUGAGAUACGCGCCGUCGACAUCGCCGAGACUUGUCAAACUGUUAUACAAGGUUUGCGUGGGUUCUUGCAUGGUGAUACGGAGAAGAUCAGGGAGGAGAUCAACGAUUGGGCGGCGGCCGCAACGAAUAAUCUCAUCUCGGAGAUCCUGCCAGAGGGGUCAUUCACCGACCUCUCGAGGUUCGUGCUCACCAACGCCAUCUACUUCAAGGGCGUGUGGGAGACCCAGUUCCCCAAGGACCUGACGGAGGACCACGAGUUCCAUCGCCUCGACGGAGCCGACCCCGUCGAAGUUCCAUUCAUGACCCUCGAGUCCGGAAAACGCAAAAGCUCUUCCUCUCCCAAGAAGAUGACUUCCAGGUGCUCAAGCUCCCGUACGAAGGCGAUGAGAGCGGCGGCAUGCAGUACUCAAUCCUUGCCAAAGUCCUCAAAAGGCUUGGGCCUCCGGGAGGCGUUCACCGAGGAGGCCGACCUGUCCGGUCUGGUGGAGAAGCGCGUUUGCGACGUACGCCUGGACGACGUGUUUCACAAGGCGGUGGUCGAGGUGAAUGAGGAGGGCACCGAGGCGGCGGCCUGCACCGCCGCGAGUGGACGCGUGAAGCAGUGUGCGAGGAAGCCGAUGGAGUUCGUCGCCGACCACCCGUUCGCGUUUUAUAUCGUCGAGGAGGUAUCCGGGGCCGUGGUCUUUGCCGGUCAUGUCCUUGACCCUUCUAACCCACAGUAGUAAUAAUGGAUGCCAUGGAGACUCCUAGUUAAUUAUUCUGUCUUGGCCGCACAAUGAUUGAUCACUACCAACAAAUUAAAGACUUGGAUUAUAUAUUUUCUGCUGCUAUUUCACACUCUGUUUUCUCUAUUGUUUUUCUGCCACUGUUACAUCCAUCCCUGCAUCUUUCGGGACUCUCACCGAAUGUGUUAGUCCUGGGCCAAGAUGGGAGAAACCAAAGCCGGAUUUCAUUAAGGUAAAUUUUGAUGCGGCCUUCAAACCAGAUUCCGCUGACGGGGCUUUGGUUAUAUUCUGUGACCGCACACCGGCGAGUUUUGUGCAGCGGGGGCAGGUAAG